AUGGCGAUGUGCCUUCUCCAUGGCGCUACUCAGUGCUUCUGCCUCUCGCUGCUCCUGGCAUCUCUGGACUUCCAAAAAGGCACGGGCCUGUGCGAGGCAGUAAGAGUGCUAAAGAUAUACACCACCAGCAACCCUACCAGCAACUCCACAGGGAUACUCGAGGAGAUGGAGGAUGCCCUGAAAGUGCCGGCACCAGAAGAGGGCGGCAACAUCACCGACGUGAGGUUUGAGUUUGAAGGUCAAGGUGGGAAGGCUCCUGGAAUUAUGACGCUUCCCUGGUUCGCGGACUCUGCCUGGAUUGUUGCGCGUCCCGGUGGCGAGAUGCAGGAGCAGAUGAAGAAGAAAGCCGGGAUGGAUGCGCUUGCCCAGGUUGAGAAGAUUGGCAGUCAGGAUGUCCACCAUGCAGGCCGUGUAGACAUCCUACACAUGUGGGCGAAGUUAGUCGAGGGUCAUCAUGGCUAUACGGUAGUACUAAAGCUGCGGGGGAAUCCGUGGAGGGAAAUGCCUAAGCCACUGCUGAUGAAGCUGUUCUGGUGCAUCCUCCUCGCUGGCCUGGUCCCUGCUUUCUUUGUUGGACUCGGUGCUUGCUUGCUGCCGUGCUUCCUGUGCCGUCAAUGCGGCCUCCCUGGCUUGAGAGGCAUCUUGACAGAGCAAGAUCAGAACGUGCCACGCCUGGACAGGUCUUUGCUCAUCCGUGCAACGGGCUCAAGAUGGCUGCAGGCGACUCUUGUGGUGCUUGCAGCUGCAGUGGUUGCAGCGGCAGCCUACGAAACACUUUGCGGUUCCAGAAGGUAUAUCUACCACGGGAACCCCUUGGUUUCUGCCGCGAUCAUUGCCUUUGCCUUCAGCUGGCUGCUUCAAAGCAUUGUGGUGAUUUGGGGCUGUAAGGCCGCGAAGCGCGUGACGCUGGUGGCGAAACACGUUGCCGACAUACCCUGCCCUGUAGACCGUGAGUCUUUGGCAGGCGAGCUCCGUGGUCUAGCUUGUGCUUUCGCCCCGAAGCUUUUGGCGACAGUCCUGUUCAGCGUGGGUUUGCUGUGUGCAGUCCCACCUAGAAUGCAGUUCGCGCUUGCUGAAUUGUCGCGGCCAUCGUACCCGAUUUGGAACAGGAUCGCGGAUGUCGCUCAUGAGUGCAGCCUGCCUGUCGUUAUGGUUGCAUGCGAGUGUGUGCUGACUGUCAUGACGUGUCGCUUUAUACUUGAAGCGUUCAUCGUCGCCCGCACGGCCAAGUCUUUGGUCAUAGCUGUCAAGGAUGAGCUGAGGAAAGAAACAGCGGACUCAGCAGACCCAGAGCAUCUCAGAAAGAUUCAUGUGGCUUCGGGGCAUCUUGCGAACCAUGUGCUCUUCGAGCUGGCGAAGAUCAGCAAGCCGACUCUUGGGCUGGUGACGCUGAAGAUGCUUUGGGCGUGUUCUUCCGUUGUCCCGCUUGUGUUUCUGAUGGGCCGGGCAGCUGAACAGUCUGGCAGCGACUGCACCAAGCUUCUCGUUGUAGGCCUCCCGGUCUACAUCCUGAGCGACUCGCUUCUGGGACUUGCUUGUCUGUGGCUGCCAGCGAGUGUCUCUGACUCCUGCCGCGAUCUGGUGAAAGAGUUGAAUAACGUUCGAGUUCGGCCGUUCAAGAAGGGCUGCGAGGCUGAGGUUGAGAGACAGAUUCGGCUCACCGAGCUCUUCCUCAAGGAGCAGAACCGCGGCAAAGGGCCAGGCUUCGUCCUCGAUGGCUUCGGGACUCUGCUUGACAAGAAGAUGAUCCUCUCGAUGUUCACGAAGUUCCUGGCUCUGUCCUCCAUCAUGCUGACCAUACUCCGCAAGGCUUACGAGGAGCCGAGAAAGAUUAUGCAGGAGGAGAGUCUCUUGUACGGCCAAGAGGCAUGA